AUGUCAUCGACAAUGGAUAACAACAACAACAAAGUUGUAUAUAAGACACGAGUGGUAUUCAAAGUCAUGGACUUUGCAAAACAAUUGGACACCAAUUGGACUGAUUUGAAAUCUAUUAAUAGCGAUAAGUUUAUGAUUGGAUCAGAUGAAUGGUAUUGUAGUAUUGAAUGGACAAAUAAAUCAAUUGGUCUGUACUUACAAUUGUCUUCAAGUAAUGAAAUGCCAAUUAAAAUACAAUACGAAAUGUCUGUUAUUGAUAACAAUAACCAAUUGUUUGUCAAACAAAUGAAUGAAAAAUCAUUUGAAAAGAUUAAGGAUUGGAGUUUCUUAUCGUUGAUUACAAGAAAACAAUUGUUGGACAAUAAGGAUCAACUAUUGAUGGAUAAUACACUAACAUUUGGUAUCGAUAUAACCGUUCAAAAGAUGAACAAUAUUUACGCUUCUUUUGCCACAAAUAAUCGCCGUUUCGGACAAUUGUUUCGUAUCAAAGAGUUUACUGAUUGUCGACUCGUUGUCGGCAAAGACCAGAAAGAGUUUUUUGCUUCAAAAUUACUUCUCAGUUCGAAAUCAGUUGUCUUCGAGAAAAUGUUUACCACUGAUUGUAAGGAAAAAUCAGACAAUAAAGUGGUCAUCGAUGACGUGAACAGCGAUGUCUUCGAACAGUUUCUCCAAUAUAUUUAUACCGAAACGUGUGAUAAGUUGGUCGAUAUGUGUGAAGACCUGCUAUAUAUGUCCGACAAAUAUAUGAUUGAACCGCUGAAGACUAUAUGUCUUAAUUUGGUUUAUUUGCGAAUCAAUUCAGUAAAUGCAUUGAAAACAUAUAAACUACUCAAAGAUUUUGGUGCCGAUGAAGAUCUCAUGAAAAAAGUCAAUCAGUUUAUCGGCGAAAACAUUACUUCAGUGAUCAGUAAAGAACUAUCAGAAAAAUAUGGCAUCGAUUCCAAACAUAUGACACAAAUUGUCGAUCAUUUUGCAGAAAAUUUACCGACAAUUACAACAAAAGUUAUGUUUUAUACAUACUUUUAUCUAAAUUAA